ACUCACAGCGCGCUCCUGCCCCGCAGCCCCUCGCCACCUCCACAGAUCCAGCUUAGGUGGGCGUCAGGAUGAAGGCGGCCCGCUUCGUGAUGCGCAGCGCCAGCUCCCUGAGCAGUGCCGGCCUGGUCCCCAGGGAGGUCCCCAGGGAGGUCGAGCUGUUCUCGCGCUACAGCCCGUCCCCGCUGUCCAUGAAGCAGCUGCUGGACUUCGGUUCAGAAAACGCCUGUGAAAGGACUUCUUUUUCUUUCCUGCGGCAAGAAUUGCCCGUGAGACUAGCUAAUAUCCUGAAAGAGAUUGACAUCCUCCCUGACCGAUUAGUGAACACCUCCUCGGUGCAGCUGGUGAAGAGCUGGUACAUUCAGAGCUUGAUGGACCUGGUGGAGUUUCAUGAGAAAAGUCCAGAAGACCAGAAAGCUCUAUCCGACUUUGUAGACACGCUCAUCAAAGUUCGCAACAGGCACCAUAAUGUGGUCCCUACGAUGGCUCAAGGGAUCCUCGAAUAUAAAGACAGUUGCACAGUUGAUCCCGUUACCAAUCAAAAUCUUCAGUAUUUUUUGGACCGGUUUUAUAUGAAUCGCAUCUCUACUCGGAUGCUGAUGAACCAGCACAUCCUUAUAUUCAGUGACUCAAAGACAGGCAACCCGAGCCACAUCGGAAGCAUCGACCCAAGCUGUGAUGUGGUAGCUGUGGUCCAAGAUGCCUUUGAGUGUGCAAAGAUGCUCUGUGAUCAGUAUUAUCUAACGUCACCAGAACUGAAGCUCACACAAGUAAAUGGAAAGUUUCCAGGGCAGCCAAUCCACAUCGUGUAUGUCCCUUCCCACCUCCAUCAUAUGCUCUUUGAACUCUUCAAGAAUGCCAUGAGGGCCACGGUUGAGCAUCAAGAAAAUCGCCCUUCCCUGACACCAGUCGAAGCAACUGUCGUCUUGGGAAAAGAAGAUCUUACAAUCAAGAUUUCUGACCGAGGAGGUGGUGUUCCUCUGAGGAUUACUGACCGCCUCUUUAGUUAUACAUAUUCCACUGCUCCAACGCCUGUCAUGGACAAUUCCCGGAAUGCCCCUUUGGCUGGCUUUGGUUAUGGCUUGCCAAUUUCUCGUCUCUAUGCCAAGUAUUUUCAAGGAGAUCUAAAUCUCUACUCUAUGUCAGGCUAUGGGACAGACGCCAUCAUCUACUUAAAGGCUUUAUCUUCUGAGUCUGUAGAAAAGCUCCCUGUCUUUAACAAGUCAGCCUUCAAGCAUUAUCAGAUGAGUUCUGAGGCCGAUGACUGGUGUAUGCCAAGCAGGGAACCAAAGAACCUGGCAAAGGAGGCGGCAGUGUGAAGAGGACCACGUGGGGCACUUUAUGGGAUCAAAGUGGGUCUACGGCAGCGCUGCUCAAGAAUGUGUGUGGAUGCUUGUUUCCGCAAAACAAAAUAAAACCAAGCAAGCAAAAAAACAAACACUAGGACAGACAUUGCUCCAGUGAGGGAUGGAGCUUCGUUGUGUGACCCGGGAGAAGCCAAGGGCAGAAUUCCAGUAGAUAACAGGUGGCCUGCUCCUCAUUUGGCAAUGCAGAAUGACUCAAGAUGAUUCCA